AUGUUUAAUAACCUAAGGCGAUAUCGAAGUAGCCGAAGAAUUAAAAUAUGGAAUACUGGUGCACCAUACAAAUGUCAUCUUGUAUAUUUAAGUUCAAAUAAUGAAAAUCAUCAAAAAAUUAAUUUCGAAGACAACGCAAAUAUAAAACCAAGUUCAAUCAAGAAUAAAGUAUCAGAGUUUUUGAUUAACUUAAUAAAACAAGAGACCAAACUAUUAGCAGAUGCGUUAAUUAUUAGGGAAUCUGAGAUACCAGAAAAUAAUAGAGUUACUAAUGACGUCGUCUUUGAAGUAGAAUACUCCAAGCUAGAUACGAAAAUAAAAGAAGAUAUGGAAAGAACAGCAGAUACAUAUAAUAAGCUUGUUCUUAUACUUACUUAUAGCCCUAUUGUAAUACAUCCACUGAUUUAUAUUAAUUUUGUCAACCAUGUCACAACAUCGCUUCAAAACGAUACCAAAAAAAUGAUACUCAGGCGAUUAGCAUACCACAGAAAAUUUGAAGAAUGCUGGAAGAUUGCCCUUAAUAGCAUUGAGACUUUAAAUGAUGUUGAUGAAUACAUAGAAACCAUGACUGAUGAACUAAAACAAAAUAAUAAUCUUGCAUUUGGGAUUUUUGAGCUUUUGUCUGCCUGUGAUAAAAUAGUCUCAAAUCCUAGCCUAAAACAUACAAUAAUUGAAACUAUAUGUCAUAGUAAUGAUCUCGACAAGGAUACAUUUUUUACAAGUUUGGAAUAUAAAAAUGAACUUGACAACUUUGAGACACUAGAUGCAUUAGAGAAUGCAAAAGCAAAAUACUCACGUAGCACUAACCCAUAUUUUCGCCUUUUGUAUUUCAAAAGGAGAAUUGAGUUGGCCUUAACAGCUGACACAAAUUGCAUUAAAAGUGUUCAGGUACAAGCGGCAGUGAAGGAUAUUCUACAAAAUAAGGAAAUCGUUGAAAGGCAAGGUUGGAUAUCUUCUAUUUUAUCAUCCUCGUAUGUUGAAUGUUUGAAUAACGACAUUAAUUUGAUUCAAGAUGCAUAUUCAAUAUCUGAAAAGCCUGAGAGUUUGUUUUUUGAGCACUUCUUUGAAGAAUAUUCGAAGUAUGGCUAUAUCCGAGUGAACGACUACGACUUUUUGCAUAUAUUACAAUACUUAAAACCAAAACAUAUAAAAGCUACAUAUUUGCUUUAUAAAAUGAGUUUUAAUAUGAACUCUUCUCAAUUGAAUUCGCAUAUAAUCAAUUAUUUAACAAGGAUGAUACUCACUACUAAGGAUGUUGAUGUAAUGACUACGAAUAUCGUAGAUUCCUACAACUUAAUUAAUGAUGAUAUAUUAACAUCCUCUCUAGUUGCCAUAUUUAAAAAUUCAAAAGAGCAUUUCAAAUUGAUAGCAAACAAAAUAAAGGGCAGUAAAGGUAAUACCAAUAAAUCGAAGAUUCUUGCUGACUUCAUAAACAAAAUAGCAUUCAACAAGGAAGAAAAUCAAAUUUCGUUCGAUUCUUUAAUGUAUAUAUUGAAAUGCUUUAAUAAGUCUGAUCUUGCUUCUGAAAUCGUCCUUACAUUGUUGCCAAAAAUGAGAAAGGCAGAAAUCGACCAAAAUAUAAGCAUAAGCUUUUACAUGUAUAUCAUACAAAAUAUUCGGGUAUCUAGUUAUGUUUUAGUUGAAAUGGCAAGGAAUUUUCUAUUAAAAGAAAGAAUAUUUGAUGAAAAGCUCAUAACAGAAUUUUUAUCAACACUCUUGCAUAGGGUGUGGAACAAAGAACAAAUCAUGAAACGCAACAACCGUGAAAAGCAAUCUGAUGAUUUUCAAGAGCUUUUUAAACUUGCAAGUAAAAAAGAAAGGGCUAGGUUUCAUAAUCGAAUCCGUGCCUUAGGUCAAACAUUAUCAUUGUUGGAAACAAAAGAGACUGCUAUGGUUUUCAAUACACUUUACAAAUUCAUCUUUAGUAAUUCAUUUCAGUUUGUUGCUUCCGAUUACGGCAAAAAGUAUAUUGUCGACAGCUUGAUAGAGGAAACUAUGAGGUUCAUAAAUAAGGCUAAUAAGGAGACACCGAAGGCAGGAAUCAUUAAGAUGCGUGAUUUACUUGGAGAGCUUUGCUUUGAUUCGCGUUCUGUACAAUGUGCGCUUUAUAAGUAUAUGGUAGAGGAUGACCCUAUGAAGUGCAUUAAGCUUCUUCACACAUAUGAGAACAAUAAGUCAUAUUUAACAAAUGAUGUCAUGAGGUCGAUCAUGUCAGGAAUACUACAUUCUCCCAGAUUGAACGAUAAAGAAAAGCUUCAUCUAUUCAAGUAUUUUAGAACUGAAUUACUUAACCUUAAUUUCAAAAGUACUAUCCACCCAAGCACAGCAGUUGAACUAUUGAAUCUUGUUAUUAGUAUCGCGGAAAAGGAUCCGAUUAAAUCAAUAGAUUCUAUGGGAUGGGUGUUGGACUUUGCGAACAAGAAAAGAAUUCCCAAAUCCAUCAUUGCUAAAUUUGCACGAAGAUUAAAGCUUCAUCAAGAUUCGCUCCCACUCUCUAUACGAAAAGCAAUAAUAAAUGACCUUGACAAAUAUAAAUGA